GGCUGGUGUGCGGGCGGCCGCCCUGUGCCAGGCUGCAGCCACCCACCCGGAGCCCCAGAUGAACCGUGGCCAGCACAGGGUGGCAGAGGGGAGGCGGGGCGCUUCCUGGCCUCCAUCCGGUACCAGGGCCCUGGUGUCUCAAUGCAUACACGGCAGUGUCCAGGAUUCAGGGUGCUGGAGCCGAGCGACUUGGGGACCGGUGCCACACUGCACCAGGGCUACUGCAGGUCCCAGGGCCUCUGCCCAGCUGAGCUGAGACUGGGCAGCUCCCAGGCCCGACUGCUGCCCCCCUACAAGUGGUCACUGGGGGUCAAAAGGGUGCACAGGAGGGACCGGGGCCCCCUGGUCCUGGACUCCCACAUGGGCAUGGGCAGCUUCUCCCUGCUGGGGCCCUAGAUGGUGCCCAAGCCUCAGGCUCUGCAGGCACCGAGGCAGGAACGGCGCUGCCCGGUGGGCUCCCAGUGGCACAGGUGCUGCUCUGUGAGUGGUGGCGGCCCCUGGGCUCACCCCAUGCUGGGCCCACCCUGCCCUCCCCCCCAUGUUGGGCCAGCCUCAGGGAUCUUGCAUCAGACCUGAUGCCACUCACAGGCGCCAGAGCAGCCCCUCCCUACGGCCUGACAGGAUCAGGCCAUGUUCACCUGCAGGAGAGAAACGGCCUCAUCACCCCAGUCUCAGCUGGAAAGAUGAGCACAGAUGUGCCUCCAUCGUUUAGCGGAAGUCGUGUUCAUGCCACAAAAGCUGCAUCUCCUUGUCCAACCCUGGGGGUGCCGCCAUCAGGGCCUCUUGGGACCAGCUCUUCUGCCUCCUGCUUGGGGGCCCCAUGGGGCAGGGUGUGGGUGGCCCAGCCAUCCUGAGUGUACAGUGGCUGCUCAGGCCUGUUUCCCAGCUCAGCGGAGGAGGGUCCCAGCAGACACAGGCCCGAUGGCUCCUUCACACAGGACACGUGCAGCCCUCUCUCCAGUCAACACAGACUCAACACACAGGUCUGUGGUGUCGCUCCCGGGUGCCCAGAGCCCAAGUGCAGUGAAGAUGGCCGGCCCAGCCUCCAGCCCCCGGGCCCGGGCUCCCUUGCUCCACAUGGGCUGGGUGUGGCUGCCCACAGCCCCUGGAUCCUCCGAGGGAAACCAUAGGACGUCGGCAGUUCAGCCUGGGCUCCUGCUGCGUGGGGAAAAGACCCUGCUGAUGCCCCGUUCCAGGGCCAGACCCGACUACAGCAUGGGAGCCACCAGGUGCCACCAGGCCGUGGGAAGGGAGGUGGAGGCUCUGAACAGUUGGGAGCCACACUGCGGGCCUCUGGUGAACGCAAAGGACAGUGCCAGGCAUCGGGGGCACCUCCCAGCAGUGAGGACCACAGAGGGAAAAUGGCCUUGUCCUUGCCCAGGGACGGUCCACCCUGCAGGAUCAUUCAGGACUGGGCAGGGCUGGGGGUGCCUGGCAAGUUUCACCAUAGGAAGACAUUUAAGGCUCUUCCUUCAAAGAGACCUGGGCAGCUGGCGUCCCCACCUCUGGACUCAGUGGUGGAGCCAGGAGGUUCCCGUCUCUGGACCACCGAGUGUCGGGCCCCAGGAGCCUGGGGCCACCAACCGUGGAGGAGCCCUGGCCUUCUGCCCUCCACGCCUGAUCCCGGUCUGUGCUGCUGGGUCCUGUUCCCAACCCAGGCUUCAGUGGCUCCAUGGCCUCGGGCCACACCAGUCACAGAGAAAUGGGCACAGGGCAGGGGAGGCCUGCGGCACACGGCCCGGCUGCUUCUGCCAUCUACUGGGCAUUGGGGGAACUGCCGCCAUCGCCGCACCUCUGCCCUCUGCACGGGGAGAAGUGGUGCCAACUCAGACCUGGCGAGCUGAGCCACUGGGGUCUGAGGGACCGAGACCCCACCCUGAGCACAGCCACAGGGAGCCGCACAGACUCACCUGCGUGUGAAGCCCAGGGCCACUCGCCCUCCUUACCCCUCCCUGCCCUCUGUUCUCCAA